UAAAAAGCCAGAAUAAGAAGAAGCACAGCGGCAGCAGGAGAAAAAAUAACGCAAACGAAACGAAAGAGCGCAAGGUGGGAACCAAGAACAACGAACGACAGCAAAACGGGUGACAGGCGCGACAAGAAAGACAAGAAAAACAGGAGUACUAACGGCGUACAAAUAUACUAAAAGGGCGAAGACAGCAGCAAAGCAGCAAUAACAACAACAAAAACAGCAAGACUAGCAGCGAUAAAAUGUUAAACAGCGCCAAGAACAAACAAUUCAAAUAGUGUUCAUUUGGAUAAAGUAAAAAAUCGCAUUGGCCGCUUGCCCCGACACGCUGUGUAUAUAAAUGGAUGUACAUGUGUGCGUGUGGGUGUAGGUGCCUGUAUGUGUGUAAGUGCGAGUGUGGUUGUGACGAUGUGUUUUUAUAACACCGCCUAAUUCGCAAGCAGCAGCAACAACAAACGCUAGCAAAAUUAUAACAGUGAGAAUCUGAAGCUGGAAAAUCAACACAACAGCAGCCAGCAGUCGCUCGAUCCCAUUUCACGCGUCGUCUCGCCUCUCCGUCUCUUAUGUUGUUUUCUGUCUGUCGCACUUGCAGUUCCAUACGAUCCGGCAUCGCUACGUCAUCGUCAUCGAGCUAUCAAGUUAUCGGCCAUUGCAUCGACAGUAAUCAUCCUCAUAACCAACAUCAACACAGGUUCCAAAGCGGCCAUAUCAACUGACGUUGCACCAGCAACAAAAACAACAACACCAAAAACAACAACAACAACAACAGCAACACAAUGCCCAAAUGCGAUGUGAAAACCCGUUACAUUCCGGCGACUUUCGCAUGGAUUGUGCUGCUACUUACAACAUUUCUCUUCUUCUUCUAUCCCUGCCAAUACUAUGUGAAGAGCCACCCGUGGGUGCUGGCCUACCAGGGCGUCAUCACGUUCUUUGUGCUGGCUAACUUUACGCUGGCCACAUUUAUGGAUCCGGGCGUUAUACCCAAAGCCUCGCCCGACGAAGACUGCGAGGAGGAGUUCCGUGCACCGCUCUACAAAAAUGCCGAGAUAAAUGGCAUUACCGUCAAAAUGAAAUGGUGCGUCACGUGCAAGUUCUAUCGCCCGCCCCGCUGCUCCCACUGCUCAGUGUGCAAUCACUGCAUAGAGACGUUCGAUCAUCACUGUCCCUGGGUGAAUAAUUGCAUUGGCAGGCGCAAUUAUAGGUUCUUCUUCUUCUUUCUGGUCUCCCUCUCAAUCCAUAUGCUGAGCAUCUUCUCGCUUUGCCUGUUCUACGUGCUCAAAAUCAUGCCCAACAUCAAACAGACAGCGCCCAUCGUCGCUAUGAUACUGAUGGGUCUUGUCACGGUAUUGGCGAUACCGAUAUUCGGGCUAACGGGCUUCCAUAUGGUGCUGGUGUCGCGGGGUCGCACCACCAACGAACAGGUGACAGGGAAGUUCAAGGGCGGCUACAAUCCGUUCUCGCGCGGCUGUUGGCACAACUGCUGCUACACGCAGUUCGGGCCGCAGUAUCCCAGUCUUUUGAAGCCGAAGAAGUACGCAUCGCGACGAUCGCAGACGCAAAAUCAAGCCAUAAGCACUAUAUGCAACGAUCGGACCAAUCAACAGACCAAUGCCGGCAGCGGUAGCGGGGCCGGAGCCGGUGGCAAUGGCAGCACAGCCGGUGGUGUCGGUAGUGGCAUGCGCGGCACCGCGGUACAAUAUUCACCCCGCUCCUACUACGAGCCGAGUCGGGAGAAGCGUGGAAUUCAGGUAAAGACUUAUAUGGCCGAGGGCAAUGGUUAUAAUCAACGGUCGGGCAGCACAACGCUUUAUAGUAAGCUGUCGCCGGGACGCGAGUGCUCCGACACGGAUCUGGAGCCGCCGCCCGCCUCACAGAGUCAAGACUGCGAGCCGACGCCGCCGCUGCAGCGGCACAACUCGACCAACUUCUACCUGCCACAGGUGAGCGACACGGCGCCUGGCAUCAAUAUGAGCAACAUGAACAAUGGCAACAUUGCCAGCGGUGCGGGUGGUGCGUCCAGUUCAGCGCAGUCUGGCGGCGGUGGCGACUCCCCGCGUCACCUACGCAUGUAUCAUCCACGGCACAGUCCGCACGCGCGAACCAGGGGCCUUGAUCCUCAGCGCGGCUACACGAGCGAUCCACUGUCGCCGGACCAGCCUGGUGGUGGCUAUGUCGUCAAUGGUCAGCAGGGCAUAUCAGUAGCACAAAGCCAGCGCGGUGGCACUACAACGGCCACGCCUACUAUGCAACAACGAAUUAAGCCACUGGGCGUGGCCACACCACUUGUCAGCGCCAGUCCAGUGAGAAGAUCCAAUCCGGGCACACCCACGCAGCCACGACGACCCGACUUCAUCGGGCUGAACGCACAGGUGGCUCAACAGCAACAACAGCAGCAGCAACAGCAACAGCAGGCGGCCGCAGCGGCAGCUGCCUACUAUGAAUACACCAGCGGUCUACCGCCGCAGCAUCCGCAGGCGCCAACGAUUCAACAUCAGCAACAACUGCUGCUCCAACAGCAGCGCGUUAUGCUGCAGCACCAGCAACAGCAGCAGCAGCAGCAACAAGUGCUGCAGCAACAGCAGUCGCUGGCGCAGGCUGCCUAUGGCGGCAGUCCGCAGCGACGAUUUCUGUCUGAGGGCGAGCUGGUGCGACAGGGUGCCGGAGAGCUGUCCUAUGCGCGUUCCAACAACACUGUGGACAACAUACGCGAGCUGGCUGGUAGUCCGCAGCGCGGCGUCUACAUGUGGAAGGACACUUCGCCUGGCUUUGGCGGUGGCGGCGUAGGCGGCGGACCGGCUACCGUCAGCAUUGGCAGCAGUGCGGGCACACUGCCAAGCAGCAGUAAUACGGGCGGCAUGAUGCAGCAUGCGCAGUACAUAACAGCCGGCGGGGGCGCUCAUCCACUCAUUAUGACUCACUCACGCCUGCAAGACUACGCCAGUCAACAGCAGCAACAACAGCAGCAGCAGGCAGCUUUAGCAAACGCUGCAGCAGCAGCUGCUGCCUCAUAUCAUCGCUCCAAUCCAACAAGCCCCACAACCUUGCCACAGACCUCCGGUGCACAAACGUACAUUCUGCGCUACGGCGGCGGCGGCGGCGGCGGUAGUGGCACCGGAUCAGGAGCACAAUCUGGCAGCAGCGGCAGCAUUGCCAAUAUGCCAACCAGCAAUUCCGGCACUGGGUCGGGCGGCUAUCAACCCCAGCUGCGCGGCGGUGUUCCAGUCUUUCCGCCUAACCCACUGGCCGGCGUCAAUGUGAGCAGUGCGGCUGGGGCGCUGCAGCCUCAGCCCUCGCCUCAGAUCAAGCGCAAGCAGACGCCCACGAGGCCAAUGAGUUUUGUGCGGGCUCUGGAAAUGACCGAUUCUAUGGAGAUGCAAACACUUGAGCAGCAGCAAGCGGCAGCGGCGGCUGCUACAAUUGCGCGCAACAAUGGAGGUCUGCCCAGCGGCAUGCCUGCGAGCUUGGCCCAACAGAAUGCAGCAGCAGCCGCCGCUGCAGCUGCUGUUGGACGCAAUGCAGCGGCAGCAGCAGCAGCGGCUGCGUCAAAUGCUACUGGCACACCCGAUCGUGCCAGCAUCUAUGAUAUGAACUAUGAGAUCUCCGUAUAACCCGUGGUUGUGCCCGU